UUUUUCAAGGGCACUGAUUUAAUGAUGUUGUGUUCUUUCGCCAUUUUUUGGCUUAUGACUCUACAUCACCCGCUGAGUUUUGGUCCUAUAAAUUCACCGCGCAUUUCUUUCUGCCCGGUGGCUGCCUGUCAGGACGGAGAGUCCUCCAGGGAUCCCUGAGGGACAAACCCGCAGGAUCUCAGCACCACUGUCCUCUCUGAGAGCAGUAAGACAACUCGGGAGCGUCGCGAGGACAAACCGUGUGUUACAUUCUCCAAAGGUGAGGCUUUCAUUAUGUUUCCAGUUCUGGGGUGAAUUUUUCUGCUGUAAUUUUUGGGGUGGUUUUGCUUUUCUCUCAGCUUUGUGAAAUGAUGAAAGAUGAUGAAGUUGAGUAAGAAGAAACACUUAGAAUCUGACAGGAAAUAAUGCAAGCUGUGAUCUUCUCUCUGGUUCCUCUUGGCAUUGGGUGUACACCUUAUCAACUCAUAGAGUCUUUCCACUAAUAUAACGAGACCACAGAUCUUCCCUCUAAAAUCACGGGGCAUUAAAAAUAACUAAACACACUCUGGAUCUCAGUGACGAAUUUGUUGAAGCCGCUGAUAAGCAGAGCUUGAAGGUCACUGCCAGGAGGAGCUCGGCGCGCGCACCACCUACUGAAACGCCGCGGCCAGCUGACGCACACCGCGCUGGGUGGCAGGAGGACGGCGACGUGCCCGCCGCACCGGGCCGGCUGAGCAGCACCAUCUGCAGAACGCUGUCAGCAGUGGGAAGGUGCAGGGCUGGCCCGCAGCACUUCUGGGGAGGCUGUGCUGACUGGAGUAUCCCAGCUGUACGGAAGGCCCACGGCAUACUGUCAGCCAGCACAAGCUCUGCUUCUCUGAUUGCCUGCGGAGUGCAGAGAACGGGCUUUAGGCUGUUACGUUAGUUACGUGAUGGGAGUUUUCCCUGAAGAACGCCCAGACGGGAAUUACUGUAUUUGACUCACAAGUCAUACCUCCCUUAGACUGCAUAUAUAGAAAUAUAUAUACUCUGCUUUUCCAGGCACAAGGUUCUACAAGAGUGGAAACUCUCACGCUGUUUGUCAGGCCUGGCAGUUCUCUUUGGACUAUCUGAAGAUGAAUCAGGCAGUUAUACUUUUUUGAUUUACCUAAGGAUUCUGAAACAAGUCUUUCUCUUGCCAUUUUAGUUCAGUCCACGCACACUGCCUUCUGCUUUUCCAGUUUUGCUGUAAUUAAGGCUGCACGGUAGGCAUCCAGAUACAAGAUCACACAUACUCAUCUGCUCCUACGCUGGUUGGUAACAGUUUGCAUUGUUUGUGUCAAGGUAACUGUAGGAUAAAAGUGCUUCAUUUUCACGUUCUGUUCAGCUGAUACAAUAUUGCUCUCCCAUCUUCCUUGUGUGCGCUCUGCGGGUCAGUUGCUGUACAGUUCGAGACAGAAGUCAGCCCUUGGUUUCCAUUUUUUAUAAUGCUGGGGAAGGCUGUGCCUCUCAAGCUGCAGAUGUUUCAGUGCACGCAGUUCUUACUGAAAGAUUUCAGAACUUUUGGUUGUCAUUUCUGCCUUAGAGGCGAAAUAGGUGCCUUUAGGAACGCAGCAAAAGUGAGUGUGAUAUCUGAUUCGAGAGAGAGGAUGUGAGAAACUCAUCUUGCUUCAUCUGGCGUUUGCCACUAUAUUAGUAAAAGUGAAACUUAAUAAACAUAAAACUUAGUAAGAAUGAGAGAAGUAUCUUUUCGUAUUGGUUGGCUGGUAAAUCUGGUGAUCGCUCAGGGCUGUCUCUUCGUGCGAGAAGUUGCAGCUGCCUUUCUUGUGAGAGGAAAGUGAAUGAGGAUAUAAGAUCUCGCAGAGGACACUGGGUUAUGGGCAAGUCAGAAAGUCAGAUGGAUAUAACUGAAAUGAAUACUCCAAAACCAAAGAAGAAACUGCGAUGGAGUGGCCUGGAGAUAGGGCUAACUGUUGUAGUGAUUCUGCUUGCUAUCGUGGCAAUCACAAUGAUAGUCCUGUACGCUACAUACGAUGAUGGGGUUUGCAAGACAUCAGACUGCAUAAAGUCAGCAGCCCGAAUCAUUGAGAACAUGGACACCAGUGCAGAGCCUUGCAAUGAUUUUUACCAAUAUGCCUGUGGAGGAUGGCUUAAGAGGAACGUCAUUCCAGAAACCAGCUCCCGUUAUAGUAACUUUGACAUUUUAAGAGAUGAACUAGAAGUUGUUCUGAAAGAUGUCCUCGACACACCAAGCAGCGAUGAUAUAACAGCAGUGCAGAAGGCAAAAACGCUGUACAGAUCGUGCAUAAAUGAAACAACCAUUGAUAGCAGAGGUGGAAUGCCUUUAAUCAGUCUCCUGGCAAAUUUAUCUGACUGGCCUGUAGCAACAAAUAACUGGGAGUCUUCCUAUGGUGCUGCUUGGACAGCUGAGACUGCUAUUGCACAGCUGAACUCCAGAUAUGGGAAAAAGGUCCUUAUUAAUUUUUUCGUCGGCACAGACGAUAAGAAUUCCACAACACAUAUUAUCCACAUUGAUCAACCAGGGCUUGGCCUACCUUCUCGUGACUACUACGAAUGCACAGGUGCAUACCAAGAGGCAUGUUCUGCCUACGUCGAUUUCAUGAUUUCUGUAGCUAAACUAAUCCUGCAAGAAAGAAAUAUUUCUUUCAACGAGACUCAGAUUUCUGAAGAAAUGAAAAGAGUCAUGGACCUGGAGAAGGAGAUUGCUAAUGCAACAACGAAGUCUGAAGAUAGAAAUGAUCCACUUCUGCUGUACAACAAAAUGACGCUGGCACAACUCCAGAACAACUUUUCAUUGGAAAUAAAUCACACGGCGUUCAACUGGUCAAAAUUCAUAAAUAAUAUAAUGUCAACCGUACAAAUUGAUGUUGAGAAUACAGAACACGUGGUUGUUUAUGACCCAGAAUACCUUACCAAGCUGAAGUCUAUUCUCAAUAAGUACACUCCCAGAGAACUUCAGAACUACAUGAUCUGGCGAUUCGUAAUGGACCUCGUAAACAGCCUCAGCCGGAACUACAAGGACACCAGGAAUGCUUUUCGUAAGGCGCUGUAUGGCACCACGUCAGAAACUGCUGUUUGGCGUCGCUGCGCCAACUACGUCAACGGCAACAUGGAGAAUGCAGUGGGACGCCUGUAUGUGCAGGAAGCCUUUGCUGGGGACAGUAAACACGUGGUGGAGGAAAUGAUUGCAGAUAUACGUAGUGUUUUUAUACAAACUUUAGAUGAUCUCACCUGGAUGGAUGCAGAAACCAAAAAGAAAGCAGAGCAAAAAGCAACAGCAAUUAGAGAGAGGAUUGGUUAUCCAGAUGAGAUCAUGACAGAUGACAAUAAGCUGAACAGUGAGUACCAGGAGCUGAACUACAAAGAAGAAGAAUACUUUGAAAACAUCAUUCAAAAUUUAGUAUUUACCCAGAAGAAAAGACUGAAAAAGCUUAGAGAAAAGGUGGACAAAGAGGAGUGGAUAAGUGGAGCUGCUGUUGUCAAUGCUUUUUAUUCUGCAAGUAGAAAUCAGAUAGUCUUCCCUGCUGGCAUUUUGCAGCCCCCUUUCUUCAGUGCAUCUCAGCCCAAAUCUCUAAACUAUGGUGGCAUAGGCAUGGUCAUCGGACACGAAAUCACACAUGGUUUUGAUGACAACGGCAGAAAUUUCAAUGAGAAUGGAGACCUCGUAGACUGGUGGACUGAAGAAUCUGCACGCAAUUUUAAGAACUUAUCGCAGUGCAUGGUGUACCAGUAUGGAAACUUCUCAUGGGACCUAGCAGGUGGACAGCAGCUGAGUGGAAUCAACACACUAGGAGAAAACAUUGCUGAUAAUGGCGGUGUUAGACAAGCAUAUAAGGCCUAUGAGAACUUUGUGAAAAAGAAUGGGAAAGAAAAACUUCUCCCUGGCCUGGACAUGAACCAUCAGCAGCUGUUUUUUCUGAACUUUGCGCAGGUAUGGUGUGGAACAUACAGACCAGAAUAUGCUGUGAACUCCAUCAAAACUGACGUGCACAGCCCAGGCAAAUUCAGGGUCAUAGGAUCAUUGCAAAACUCUCCGGAGUUCUCUGAAGCCUUUUCAUGCACCACGAAAAGCUACAUGGAUCCUGCUAAAAAAUGCCGAGUUUGGUGA